AUGGCGCUCUUCUCCGUUCUCCGCUCGUCGCCGCUGCGGCGCCUUAUUCUCGGCCGCCGUGCUUCAGCUGCAUCAUCCGCACUGCGCAUCACCUCCAGCAAGAGGCGAGUCUUCUCCAGGGCCGCCACGUCGCUCUCCGUUAUGUGCAAGCAGAGCGCCAAGCAGGGCGGCGCCGACGUGUGGCUGGGCCGCGCGGCCAUGGCGGGCUUCGCCUCCGCGGUCGCCGUCGAGAACUUCGGCGUGGCGACGCCGGCGCCGGCGCUGGCGCUCGCCGUGUCGGGGCUCGUCGUCGGCCUGGCCGUCUUCUUCCUGCUCCAGUCCGGCUCGCGAGACUGA